UUUUUUUAAAAAUAUUUUAUGAUCCCUGCUAUUUUCCAAAUUCUUCAAUCUUCACAUACUACCUCAUCCAAACGACUUUCAAUGUCCUCAAGUGAUUCCUCUUCUAAUUCUGCUCCUUCCAGCUCCUUCACCCCACAAAAUAACCCAUUAUCUCUCCCCUCUUCAUCCAAAAAUUCUACCUCUUCCUUAAAAAACACCAAAACUGAACAAGAAACUGAUAAAAAUAACUACAAUCAAGAGCCAUUAUCACCAGAAUUGUGUAAAUAUAAAUUGCUUUUGCGAUUCGAGGAUUUGGUAAAUAAACUGGCUGCCGGAUGGAAAUAUCACGUGGCUAAUACGGAGGGCGUUAAGGAGUCUUGGAGCCGUUUCGAGCAUUUCUAUUUGGAUUUAUGCUCGUAUACUGAAGGUUAG